AUGAUUAGAAGUAUAUUAGGAUUUAAUAAGCUAGUGACAUUUAAUGAAAAUAAACUUUUAUUAAAAAGUUUGAAUGAAAAGGAGAAUUUAAAAAUUGAAAAUGUUAGAGCAGAAGAUUAUCCUAUACCAGAAAAAUAUUUAGAAGAUCCAGAGAAAAUUCCGAAAUAUUAUGUUUUUCAAUCUAACAUGGUUACAGAUGAAGAUUUACAGCCUGGCAUGUUAAGGCAAUUAGAGGUUGAUAAAAGAUUAACCUUACCAACAAGGACACACAUAUCUUUUUUAGUAACAGCUACUGAUGUUAUACAUUCCUGGUCUAUACCAAGCUUAGGCAUAAAAGCUGAUGCAGUACCUGGUCGUUUACAUAAAGUAACCACUUUUAUUUUAAGAGAAGGUGUUUAUUAUGGACAAUGUUCAGAAAUGUGCGGAACUUUACAUGGAUUUAUGCCAAUUGUUGUUGAAGCAGUAUCACCAGAAGCAUAUGCAGCUCAUGCGAAAAAAUAUUAUAGAGAAUAA